CUGACUUUCUUAUUAGUGUUUUGAAGGAAAAACCAACAGACAAGAAUAUGAUUAAGCAUAACUUUGUGUCGUUGUGUUUCAAUAAUCGGACGAGUUAAUUUAUUUAAAUUUAUCUCUCUGUCAAAUAUUUUCGAAAGAUGUGCAUGUACAAUUUUCUUGCAAUUGCAAACGAAUAUCCUUAUAACAGUGAUAUACCUGUUUGAAACACUAAUGACUAAAAAGAUUCCCAGAAAGCAAACUAAUGUUGGCGGAUUACUUCGACCCACAUACGAUAUGUAUGAUAUUUUACCAACACUUAUAUUCUCUGAAUUGCAGACGGGUUAUAUCACACAGUAGAGAUUCUGGAUACGGCUGGAACACAUCAGUUCCCAGCUAUGAGGGAACUGGCCAUACGCCUAGGCCAGGCAUUCAUCAUUGUAUAUUCCAUAGACAACCGUGAAUCUUUUCUUAUUGCAAAGGAACUGAUGGACAGUGUGCAUGAAAUAAAGGGAGGCUCCAUUGCACCACUUAUAAUGCUAAUCGGAAACAAAAGUGACACCGCUUCUGAUGGGCUCAGACAAGUAGAGACUGAAGAGGCCGAAAAAGCUACUCUGGGCAAGAACAAUUGUUGCUUCAUGGAAACAAGCGCAAAAAAAGGUCGAGAUGUGGAUACCAUGUUUACAUCUUUGUUAUCGAAGGUCCUUGGUGUUGAAAAUUCCACGAACAAUUUCAGCAAGAAAAAGUCCCGUUUUAUGAAACGAAAACAUCAUUCCGUGAAUGACAUGCAACCCUCAACUCGCCAGCACGGCUCUGUGAACAGGAGCCAGUCGUGGCGAGAUGGAACUGUAAGGAAUAUGUCUGAUAUCGACUCACCGAAAUGUACUCUGCUUUAAAGGUCUAAAAAGACCGAUUAAUAUGAAGAUUUCACACGUCAGAGAAUGUGUGGCACCUAAACAAGCUCGUGAUUUUAACUCAAAACAUUGCUUGAGUUCUGAAGAUUUGAAACUUGUGAGCAAAAAUUCAUGUUAAAAGCUACGGCAGUAAACGAUCUGGGUUUCGUUGUGAAAGCAAACUAAAUAUGGGGAGAUCAAAUGCUAAGGUAUUACUUAGCAAACCUUAAUCAGUGAUAAUGGACAGAGAGGAAACUAGCUUGUUAGUUACACAUUUGACACCAGCAGGUGUUUUUAUCACAGCCGGGGGUUUUCGAAGUCGAAGAAACACCUACACUCAACAUUCCCAAUGAUUGGGCUCUGAUAUUUAUUGCUUCACAAAAUAAAAAGUGCCUUUACUAUACCCUCUACCAGGGCGACAGAUUGAUUUUCCACAGAUAUUCAAAGAU